AGCGCGCGGCGGCGGCGGCGGCGGCGGCGGUGGCGGUGGCCCGGCCUAGUCUUGGCUCCCGCUCGGGCAGCGUCGGCGGGCGCCCGGGAGCUGCCGGCGGGCCGUGAAAUUCCUGGAGCUGAACUCUGAUGUCCAGCAAUGGAUGACGACAGCCUGGACGAGCUUGUGGACCAAAGCCCAGGGCCGGGUAGACACCGGAGGCUGCACGCUGCUGCCCUGGCCAGUGAUGCCGAAGAAAGCAGUGAUGUCGACAGCGGGGGCUCUGAGGAUGACACAGGCAGUGAGCACAGCAAUGGCUCUGACGGAGAAGAUGAGGAGGGGAACCUGGAAGACGAAUCUGGUCCUGAAGAUUCUGAAGACGACGACGACGACGUGGAGAUAGUGGCAGAUACUCCGGGGGGCUUCGAGGCCAACGGUGCGUUUAACUCUGAUGACGAUGCCGAGAGCUGCCCCAUUUGUCUCAACGCUUUCAGGGACCAGGCUGUGGGGACCCCGCAGAGCUGUGCCCAUUACUUCUGCCUGGACUGCAUCGUGGAAUGGUCCAAGAAUGCCAACUCCUGUCCAGUCGACCGCACUAUAUUUAAGUGCAUUUGUAUCCGAGCCCAUUUUGGCGGUAAAAUCUUGAAGAAGAUUCCUGUGGAGAACGCCAGAGCCGGAGAGGAGGAGGAGGAGGAGGAGGACCCAACCUUCUGUGAGGUGUGCGGCCGCAGUGACCGGGAGGACCGCUUGCUCCUCUGCGACGGCUGUGAUGCCGGGUACCACAUGGAAUGUCUGGACCCCCCCCUCCAGGAGGUGCCGGUGGACGAGUGGUUCUGUCCGGAGUGUGUCGUCCCCGAAGCUGCUGCCUCCACCGCAGAAGCCGACCCCGUGAGUGACGAGGAGGUGUCCCUGCUCUUGGCUGAUGUGGUGCCCACCGCCAGCCGGCUGCGGCCUCGUACAGGACGGACCCGGGCCAUUGCCAGGACACGGCAGAGUGAGCGUGUCCGAGCCACCGUGAACCGGAACCGCAUGUCCACGGCCAGGGGCAUCCAGCACAUCCCGAGGCACUUGAUGUCCCCUCUGCUCGAUGAGACCAUCGAAGCUGUCGCCUCUGGCCUGAGCACCGCCGUGUAUCAGCGGCCCACGACGCCGCGAGCCCCCACCAAACGGAGAAGGAAAAGAGGAAGACGGAAGAAGGUGCUAGGCAGAAAGAAGACCCAGCGCAGACCGGCCGUGAGGAGCAGGGGCUCCGGGACAAGAUCCAAGAGACGCCAGGGCCGCAUGAGGAAGAGAAAGGGGCAGAAGCCAAAGGAGUUUUUGCUCAAAAGCAAAUUCUACCUGAUGACAGCCGUGCGUGAAGGCCAUGGUGGGCACGGCAGGGGGCGCAGCAGUUGUUGGGGUGCAUCUCUGGCUCUGAAUGAAGUCACAGCCCGUCGCCGCAUUGCACAGACGCUGGGCCUCCGGACGCCAAUGCGUGGGGCCUGCAUCCUGUCAGUGCAUAAGCCCGCAGAGCCCUCCCUGGGGAUGAUGCGUGCGGACGUCGGAGCUGCCCCGCUUUUUCUGUUUGGAGACCCCUAUGAGCUGGACUCCUUCGACAGCAGCGAAGAGCCGCCUGCUUCCCCACUGAGUGCCAAGAGGAGGGUCCUGUCCCGCUCAGCCCUGCGGUCUCACCAGCCCGUGGCCAGGCCUGUCUCCAUGGGGCUCUCCAGGAGGGGCAUUCCUGCCACGGCAUCCGAGCCAGAAGUGGACGACGCCCCGGUCCCCGACCUGCUGGGGAGCAUCCUGUCGGGCCAGAGCCUGUUGUUGAUGGACAGUUCCGAUGUCACCAUCCACCGGGACGGCUCGCUCAGCGCCAAGCAGGCAGCACCAGUUUCUUUUCAGCGAAACUCGGUUGGUCCCUCCCGAGGUGGAGAAGGUCCUGGGUCUGGGGACGGCCUGCAACCCGGAGUGCCUCGCUCAGGGUGCCUUGGAAGCCUGGGGUCACACUGUCAGGCCAGGCCUGCCCCCUCCUGUGUCCCUGUGCUCACAUCGGGGGCUGUAGUGAGACCAGACUCCUCAGUGACCCUUCGAUCAGGUCAGGCUCAGAAUGUGUCAGACGUCAAUGGUCCUGGCUUAAAACGACGCGACGCCCCCCAGUUUAAUGGCAACAGCAAGCAUGCUUUCCCUCUGAGGUUCGCAUCGAAGAUCACAAAUGGUAACCUGCCAUCUAAGAGUGCCGGCCUAGCACAGGCCCCCAAGUCAGCACCCAGGAGAACUGACAUCUCCGACCUACCCAGGAUACCAAAGAUCAAAAGGGAUGGCAGUGGCAGCACACGGGCGGACGCAGCCCUGGCCCCGGAGGGCAGGCAGCGUGUUGAGAUCCCCAGUUCAUGCAUCAGCAGGUUGACAGGCAGGGAGGGCCCUGGGCAGCCCGGCCUCGGCGCCCGAACAGAGGGCGAGCCCAGUGGCAGGGGCCCACAGGAGCCCAGUAUGCACUCCAGGGGUGGCACCCAGCCCCCCGCCCCGCUGGGACCCUCGAGAGGGAAGGGUGGCGGCUCAACCUUCCAGAGCUUCCGGAUCAAUAUUCCCGGGAACACGGCGCAUUCCGGCAGACUCGCCAACCCCGGCUUCUGCAACACGUUCCGGCCUGUGGACAGCAAGGCGCCGAGGAAAGAGAGCCCCUCGCCCCUCUUUUCCCUCAGGAAGGCCAAGCAGCUCAAGAGUGAGAUCUACGACCCCUUUGACCCCACGGGCUCUGACUCCAGUUCCGCGGGCGGCAGCCCAGAGCGCCUGGGCCCCGGCCUGCUGCCCUCGGAGAUCACACGCACCAUCUCUGUCGAUAGCCCCCAGGCCCCGGGGCCCCUGCAGACUGUGCGCUGCGUCACCUCCUACACUGUGGAAGCCGGCUCGGGGACAGAGCCCGAGCCCCCGAGGGGGCCUCCCUCCACCAUGCUCAAGCUCCAGGGCGACGGGCCCCCUGAUGGGCUGGGCGAGGAGGGGCCUCUCGAGGGCCGAGGCCCUGCCAUCAGGGCGCAAAGGCCAUCCCCGCAGGAGCCCUGGGAGGACGAGGACCUGCCACCCCGCAGCACCUUCUUCAGCUCUGAGGAGCGGAUGGUGACCUGCGUAACCGUGGCGGAGCCAGACAUCCCGCCGACGACCACCCACCGGGUCGUGGAGCUGCGGUCCCCACCCUGCUCGCGCUCCCGCUCCCGCUCCACAUCCAGUUCCCGCAGCCGGAAGAAAGCCAGGAGGAAGCAGGCCCCUGCCAGGGAGCAUGGGAGGACCCGCUCUGGCUCCCGCUCCGGCUCCCGCUCCCGCUCCCGCUCCGGCUCCCGCUCCAGGAAUGGGAGCUCAAGGUCGGUGUCGCCGUUGGUGGCUGAGGACCAUGCCAAGAGGCAGCGGCCCAAGGCCAGGGGCCGGAGGUCCUCCAGCGACCGCUCCAGCAGCCACGAGCGAGCCAAGAGAAGGAAGGCUAAGGGCAGGGAGCCGAGCAGGGGCUCCUGGGGCCCCGGUCGGCGGAGGUCCCGCUCUGGCAGUCCUGGAAGCUCCUCCCUUGAGCACCAUGACAGCAGGAGGAAGAGAAGGCGGUCGGGGUCCAGGGUUCGGGGGUGGGGGUCUCCCCCCAGCAGCCUGGAAAGGGCCCGGAGGCCCCACCGCACAAGGGAGAGGAGCCGCGAGCGGCCCCGAGACAGGCGGGGCUCCCAUGAGAGGAGGCGCCACAGGUCCCGGGAGCACCGGCGGCCUCAUUCCCAUGAGAAGCGGUUGCGGCCCCGCUCCCUGGAGAGGAAGUUGCCGUUGAAGGGGGCCUCUCCGGUGCCCCCGCCCCAGGAGGAGCCGAGGCCGGACAGGGAGCCCCCAGCCAGACCACCGGCCUUGGAGGGAGCUCACGCCUCACCAGAAGGGGUUGAGGCCAACAAGACCCCCCCGAAGGCCACUCCUGUCCCUGAGGUGCCGGCCGAGUGUCUGCUUGAGGACCUGGAUUAUGGGGACUCCGUCGAGGCGGGGCACGUGUUUGACGACUUUCCAAGUGAAGGCAUCUUCAUGCAGCUCGACGACAUGAGCUCCCCGCCCUCCCCAGAGAGCACGGACUCCUCCCCAGAGCGGGCCAUGCCCCCCAAACCCGCUGUGCCCCCUGCCAGCCAGCAGCAGGAUGCCAGCCUGGCCAUGGCCGUCAUCAGAAGGGAGGUGUCACUGAUCCACGGUGAAGACGCUGUGCAGCCCCUGCCCUGGGCAGAGGGUCCCCAGGACAUGCUCUCACUGCAGCAGCAGGACUCAGCCAAGGCCAUCGUGGGGCCUUGUGCCCUGGGAGGCCCCGCCGUGGGGAAGGAGGAAGGUCCCUCUCAGACCCCCGUUCUGCGGGCUAAAGCCCCCGUGAAGAGAGUCACCUGGAACCUGCAGGAGGCGGCAGGCGGCGCUCCGGCUGAGGACAGAGCCCCAUGGACAUCGCUUCACAGGCCGCAGCAGCCCCCGGAAGAGGCCUGGGAAACUGAAGAUGGAGGUCCUAUGGUUGCCCCCCAGCAGGCACCCCUCCCUGAGCCCCCUGCCCACCUGAUUCCAGAGCCUGGCUUCCCCGACGCUAACCCCACUCAGGGUCCCAGUGCUUCGGGAGCGGGGGUGGGGAGCACGGUGCUGGGAGCGCCUUCGGCAUUGGAGCUGCGCUCAGCGGACUGUGUUCUCACCCAGGUUUAUAGCCCCAACCUGCCUCCCGCCCCGGUCCUGCCCUCGAGUGCCCCGCCCUAUGCACCGGUCAGCCAGCCCACACCCCAGUUCAUCCUGCAGGGGAGCCUUCCCCUGGCGGGCUGCUGGGUGACACAGAGCUCGGCCCCAGUGCCCACCGUCUUGACCACAGCCUCAGAGCCUGCUGGCCAUGCCGCCACCACCAACAACUCAGAGGAGAAGACGGCCACUCCCCGGCCAGCCACGGAGAAGGUCAAGAAUGAGGAGUACAUGAAGAAGCUGCACGUGCAGGAGCGGGCAGUGGAGGAGGUGAAGCUGGCCAUCAAGCCCUUCUACCAGAAGAGGGAGGUGACCAAGGACGAGUACAAGGACAUCCUCCGCAAAGCCGUUCAGAAGAUCUGCCACAGCAAGAGUGGGGAGAUCAACCCCGUGAAGGUGGGCAACCUGGUGCGGGCAUAUGUGGACAAGUACCGGCACAUGCGCAAACACCGCCGGCCCGAGGCCAAUGAGGAGCCCCCCGCCCCGGGCCCUGAGGGCUGACCUGCCAGGCGCCGGGGGCCCCGGUCGCUGGGAGUGGCGGCAGCAGCAAACAGGACACCCCACACUCCUGUGAUCACGCGUGGUCUGGGCACCUGUUGUGCAGUUUAAACUGGACUUUUUUAUAUAUAGAUACACUGUUUCAUUGUGUUCUAAUUUAUCAAAAAUGGAUUAUCUUUAGAAACUUU